AUGGAGAAAACAAAUGGAAGAGAGGCCAUUGCUCUGUCCACAGUGGAGACUGGCAUAGCAAACCCAGGGCUGGAGCUCAUGGAAGAAGGAAUAAAUCCUGAGGGAACCAGGAAGAAUGAAGAGCAAGGACACAGCAUUGGGGAUGGAUUGGAACCUCCCACUCAACAGAGGAGGGACAUACAGCCUUUCACAAAGGCAAGAAGUUUCUGCAAAACGCACGCUGGCUUGUUUAAGAAGAUCCUGCUGUGCCUGUUGUGUUUGGCUUAUGCUGCCUACUUCCUGGCAGCUUGCAUCUUGGAUUUCCAUAGAGCCCUGGCCUUGUUCGUCCUCACCUGUUUGGCGCUUUUGGUCCUAGUUCACCAUUUUCUGAAAAAAUUCUUUGCUGAAAAAUUAACAAGAUGUCUGAAGCCGCUUGAAAACUCCCGCCUGAAGCUAUGGAUGAAAUGGGUGUUUGCAGGAGUCUCCUUGGUUGGCCUUAUCCUGUGGCUGGCUCUAGACACAGCCCAAAGGCCAGAGCAGCUGAUCUCCUUUGCGGGAAUCUGCAUGUUCAUCCUCAUCCUCUUUGUCUUCUCCAAACACCACAGUGCAGUAUCGUGGAGGGCAGUGCUUUGGGGCCUAGGUCUUCAGUUUGUCUUUGGGAUCUUGGUCAUCAGAACUGAUCCUGGAUUUAAUGCAUUUCAAUGGCUGGGAAACCAGAUUCAGAUUUUCCUCAACUAUACUGUGGCUGGCUCCAGUUUUGUUUUUGGGGAUAUGCUGGUCAAGGAUAUCUUCGCUUUUCAGGCUUUACCGAUCAUCCUUUUCUUUGGAUGUGUGAUGUCCAUUCUUUACUACCUGGGCCUUGUGCAGUGGGUAGUUCAGAAGGUUGCCUGGUUUUUGCAAAUCACCAUGGGCACCACUGCCACAGAGACCCUGGCUGUGGCAGGAAACAUCUUUGUGGGUAUGACAGAGGCACCUCUGCUCAUCCGUCCAUACCUUGCAGACAUGACACUUUCUGAAAUCCAUGCAGUGAUGACUGGAGGGUUUGCCACCAUCUCAGGCACUGUGUUGGGAGCCUUCAUAUCCUUUGGGGUUGAUGCGUCAUCCUUGAUUUCUGCCUCUGUGAUGGCUUCCCCUUCUGCUCUUGCUUUGUCAAAGCUGGUAUAUCCAGAAGUGGAGGAGUCCAAGUUCAAGAAUAAGGAGGGGGUAAAAUUGCCCCGUGGGAAGGAGAAAAACGUCCUGGAAGCUGCCAGCAAUGGAGCCACAGAUGCCAUAGGCCUUGCUGCUAAUGUAGCAGCCAACCUGAUUGCCUUUUUGGCUGUGUUGGCCUUCAUCAAUGCUGCCCUCUCCUGGCUAGGGGAACUGGUAGACAUACAUGGACUCACUUUUCAGGUCAUCUGCUCCUAUAUCCUAAGGCCCAUGGUUUUCAUGAUGGGUGUGGAGUGGGCAGACUGUCCAAUGGUAGCUGAGAUGGUGGGGAUCAAGUUCUUCACAAAUGAGUUUGUGGCCUAUCAGCAACUGUCUCAAUACAAAAACAAACGUCUCUCUGGAGUGGAAGAGUGGAUUGGAGGCGAGAAGCAGUGGAUUUCUGUGAGAGCCGAAAUCAUUACAACAUUUUCACUCUGCGGAUUUGCCAAUCUUAGUUCCAUAGGAAUCACACUGGGAGGCUUGACAUCAAUGGUACCCCACCGGAAGAGUGACUUGUCCAAGAUUGUGGUCAGUGCCCUCUUCACAGGGGCCUGUGUAUCCCUUGUCAGCGCCUGUGUGGCAGGAAUCCUCUAUGUCCCCAGGGGAGCUGAAACUGACUGUGUCUCCUUCCUAAACACAAGUUUCACCAAUAGAACCUAUGAGACUUUUGUGUGCUGCAGAGAGCUCUUUCAGAGUACUUCUCUGAAUGGCACCAACCCUCCUUCUUUUUCUGGUCUCUGGGAAGAUAAAGAGUUCAGUGCUGUAGCCCUUGUUGACUGCUGUGAACUCUACACCAAUACUGUCUGUGCCUAAAGCGGGUCCAUUUCCAUAACAGUCCUGAUCUGGAUGGCUUUUUGAUGGCAAAGUUAUUUACAUAUUCAGAUUUCUCAUUGUACAACUAACUCACCUUUGUCUUUAACAGUAAAUGUAAGUUUUUCAUUUUACUUCACUGUAUGUCAGUAAUGAAAAUUAGCACUCAUUUUUUCCAUUAUUUGGCUGAACUAAAUAAAAAAUUCCUUAGGGGCUCUAUCUGAGCUUAGAGUUGAAAUUAUAAAUAUUACCAUACCAAAGAAUAUCUUUCAUACCUUGCUUCUAGUUGCCAUCUUAAAAGUUAUGUGAUGUGUGCCAGAACUCUUCUGUAUAUGUUCUGGUAAAACAAAUGUGGGGGGCAGGUACAGUCUGCCUCGGAAUUUGAUGAGUGUCCUUCCUCUCUCUGCCCCUUACUGAAAGAAGGUGUAUGCAGGCAAGUUAUUUAAAAUCUUUUACCUGUUUUCUUAUCUGUAAACUGGGGAGAAUGAUGUUCUCCCUGUUUACCUCAAGAUUAUAAUAAUCAAAGCAGUAUGUGGAAGUUCUUGGAAGAUGUACAAAGUGUUUCAUGACUCUGUAUAUAGAAUCAUUAUUGUAAAAGUUGUUGUAAUAUGUAAAUAACACAUAAUUUGACAAAUGCUUCACUUUAUGUUGGCUGGAGUUGCCCUGAAGUAGACCUUGAAUGUUAUUUGAAUACUUUGGGAAGGAUGCUGUUAGACGUACCCAUUUGAGAAUGAAAAUUGCAGUUUAAUGCCCUUUACUUAUAGUUUACUGGAUUUCACUUCAUUGUUAUUAUUGUAUCAAAACAAUGUAUCACAACAGGCAUUUGGACCAUUUAAACACUUGGAUAAAGUAUAUAAUUUACAAAAUUAAAAAAAAUUAUGGGAUGUGGUGUGCU